AGAACUUCACAAGAAGGAACCAAGGAUCAGACUGAGAAAACCCAUAGUUAAAGCUCUUGGGGUUUCUGAGAGCUCAGCUGGAAGUGACUGGGUGACAAGGCGCACAGGCUCAGCCGUGGAAGCUCCAUCAUGAUUCCACAAGUAGUGACCAGUGAGACUGUCACAGUGAUUUCACCAAAUGGAAUCAGCUUUCCCCAAACAGACAAACCCCAGCCUUCCCACCAGAGCCAAGACAGCCUGAAGAAACAUCUAAAGGCUGAGAUCAAAGUGAUGGCGGCAAUCCAGAUCAUGUGUGCUGUGAUGGUGUUGGCUCUGGGAAUCAUUUUGGCAUCUGUUCCCUCCAAUCUACACUUUACCUCAGUGUUUUCCAUCCUGUUAGAAUCUGGCUACCCAUUUGUAGGAGCUUUGUUUUUUGCCAUCUCUGGAAUUCUGUCUAUUGUCACAGAGAAAAAGAUGACUAAGCCUUUGGUUCACAGCAGCCUAGCCCUGAGCAUCCUGAGUGUCCUCUCUGCUCUUACAGGCAUCGCUAUUCUCUCUGUCAGUUUGGCUGCUUUAGAGCCUGCCUUGCAGCAAUGUAAGCUGGCUUUCACACAACUAGACACAACCCAAGAUGCUUAUCAUUUCUUUAGCCCUGAGCCAUUAAACAGCUGCUUCGUGGCCAAAGCUGCUCUGACUGGAGUCUUUUCACUGAUGCUAAUCAGCAGUGUGUUGGAGCUUGGCCUGGCUGUCCUCACUGCCACACUGUGGUGGAAACAGAGCUCCUCUGCUUUCUCUGGGAAUGUGAUUUUCCUGUCUCAGAACUCAAAGAAUAAAUCCAGUGUAUCUUCAGAGUCACUUUGUAACCCUACAUAUGAAAACAUAUUGACUUCAUAAGAAUUAAGUAGAGGUUAUAUAGCAGAAAAAUCUGUCUUUAACAUGAUUUAGAAAAGCCAUUUACUGUGUGACAACAAUGCUUAAUAUCUUAAUAUCUUAAUGUGUGUAUUGGUUAAUCAGCAACCAUGAAAAACAUACUAACUGGCUGGGUUCAGUAGCACGCUCUUGAUUUGGCGUCAGUCAAAACACAGACCUGUAAAUUCCAAUUUAUGUAGUGGUCAAAGAGCCCCAAUUAUUUUCUCAAAAAACUGGAAGAAUGUUUCAUAGGAUCAUGGUGGAGCCAAUGGGCAACAGUUCUUCUUAUCCUUGUCACUUGGCUGCAGGAGGUACUGACUAGGGCCUGAGAUCAUAUUCUGUGUGCGUGGCAUGGACUUCAUGGCAUCUAUUUUAUUCAUAAGCACAUGAAAACAAGUCAUCUCUUAUGAAGUCUCAAAGAGCAUAAAAAAGUUAGCCUCCAAAUAAAGUCUUUAUAUAAUCCCA